GUCACUCGAGUGAGUGGUUUUGCCGGGAACAGCAUCACCACGUGUGUCCUGGCCGGCGGCGUGAGCCACAGCGAUCUGAUUCACUUUUUCAGAGUGCAGUUGCAAGAUGGCGGCCCGCUGGGGAACCGGUGAGGAGAUGUUAACAGCUUGUAAUAUAGAGUAUUUCUCACCAACGACUAUUGACGAGUCAGAGAUACUACAUGAAGGUUUGUGUGUUCUGCAAAACAGUGGUCUGGAUACUGAAGAUGCACUUGAAGCUCUGGGUGGAUGUUUGGAUCCAUCUAUUCUAUCAAUCUUUGAAGAGUCUGCAAAUGGAGAGGUUAAAAGUGGUGUUGAUGAAGAAAGUGAGGCUACAUUGCUCACAGCUCUCACUGAAAUACUUGACAAUGUAGAUGAUGAAAACUUGUCUCCCUUUGAUACUCUACCUGACAUGGACCUUUUGCAAGGGCAGAAAGGCCAUGAGCACUCACCUCUAAGAAAAUUUCUGAGCCUCUCAUGCACUCCACCAGAGAGAAUGUCUAUGUGUAACUCAAGGCAAUUUGCUGGGAAGAGAUUUGAUGGUGGAGAGGAUGCUGCUGCUGCUAGUUUUUCUGAACUUAUACAGGAUUUGGAUGUAUCGUCAGAAUUGGAUUGGUGCCUUCCCAUAUCACUGGAGCAGGAUGGGGAGACUGUGUCUGUUACUCUCAGUGAUUUGGUCAAGCACAUGCACCCGUAUGCUAUGACAUUAUGUGUAGAAGGAGAAGAGCAGCUCCUGCCUGAAGAAGGAAUCAUUUUGGAGGUGAUGGACAAAGGAGAACAUGGAGAACCCAUUCUUUCUAUUCCAGAUCUAAGCUUUCCUUUAUCUUUGGAUGGUGUAGAAGAUGAGCAGAAUGUUCCAGAACACAGCAUUGAUAAGGCUAUGCUGAAACCUGAAGACCCACCAUCGGAGUUGACAAUCUCAAAAAUUUCAACAAUCAAGGACAACAAAGUGGAGAAUGUGAACGUUAAACAGCCCAAAAAAGAGUCGCCUGAAAAAGGGGUCUUGAAAAGGAAAAAGAAACGAAAACCCGAAGAACCAAAACUUGCCGAAGGAAGAGUAUUAAGAAGCAUGUCCUCAAAUAAGAUAGUUGAGGAACCCAGUAAGGAAGUGGAACAACAAAAGAGGAAGAAAAAGGUCACAUUUGCACCUGCUCUUACUGUAGAUAAAAAUGAGAUGUGUCAAGAUAAAUCUUCAUUGGUGAAGACAACUGAGGUACAUGUGCCUGAGGAAAUACCUUCCUCUACCACAGUCCCCACAGCAAAUUCUGUAUCUAAUCAAGUCUGUACAGAUGUAAUUAAAUCAAACCACUUGACUGUCCCUGAGGAAGAAGUCACACCUAGUGAACCCAAGCAAAAAUCACUUAGUUUACAACAGUAUCGCCUUCUUCGCCAGCAGAAGAAACCAACUCCUCUGGAGAAGGUGGGUGACAACAGCACUAAAUGGCCUACAUUACCGGAAACACCCAAGGAACUUCCUCCAAUCCCCUGUUUGCCUGACCCUAACCUUAAGGACCCACGUCGUUCAUCUUCCACUCCUGUAAAAAAAGAGAUUGUCCCGGAAAUCAUGCCUGCCUGGCAUCCAAGAGGACCCGGAGCACCACCAACUCCUCAGGCUUUGCUGGUUCCACCAGCAUCGAUGUUGGGUGCCUCUAAAAAACCUGUGUCCUGUAAGUCAGGUUCUCCAGAUCCCACAAAACCUGCAGACAAUUCCAGUACAUCUACAUACUCCUCCACACAGCCUUGUCCCCAGAAACCACCCGUUCCAACCAAUAUGCCAGAGAACACUAUUCCAAACAAGGUAUCUCAGGCUACUAAGCAGGCAUCAGCUGAUAUUGCUCCGUCACUACCAGUGGCCACUAGAGUUGAAGAAGCAAAGGAGCUCCUUGCAGCUAAGCAGGCAAAAUGUUUACAAAAUACUCCCUCUGUGUCUUCUCCACUUACAGUGACUCAAUUAUCAGCUACCUCUAAGGAUCAAGAAAUCUCCCAAACUCAGGUUGUGCCUGAAAUCAUCACAAUCACUACAAAAACUGAUACCACUAAGGCUGCUGCUAAUAACCUUAAUGCUGCAAGUAUAACUAAGCCAAUGGUGGAAGUUCCUGCACCCAAACCAGCAAAAAACAUUCAAUCCAUCUGUGCUCGCAAUCCUAUUGUGUGCUCCCAACGUCAUGUUGCACCCAUCGCUCUUCAGCCUUUCUCCUCCGCUCCAAUUCAGGCCAGAAUUAUGAAGCUGGCAGAGCAGAUGCGUCUGGCUUCUGUUGCAGCACCUAAAGUGAAGAGCCCUACUGCAGAGCUUAUAGAAUCUUUCACUAGUGAAAUUGGUAUUGAGGCUUCUGACCUCACCAGCCUUUUGGAGCAGUUUGAAGAAACUCAGACUAAAGAGGAGCAGAAUGUGCCAGAGGUCUGUGGUAGAGCAGCUGCUGUAGGAAACUCCAGUGUGGAGCAGCACACACUCAAAAAACCUUGCAGUCCUGAUCUGGGCAGCACAGCAGGUCUUACUCCACCAGCCACACCUCCUCACCAGAUGUGGAAGCCCUUGGCACCAGUUGCAUUAUUAGGAAAACCAAACAAGUCAGAAAUACUCAAAUCAAUUCCAUCUAAGGCAAUUCAAAUAGAGCCAUUGCCUUUGCCUACAAGCAAGCUACCAUGCAAGCCCAAGACUUCUGUUACUCUUGGACAGAUCCAGCCUUUUUCUCUAGACCAUGAUUACUGUCUCAUUUCGAAGGAACCUUCCCAGAAUAGCCUUGGCAAUCUCUGUUCGACAAAGCAACAACCAAGCAUCAUCACAAAGUCUGAGUUGCACUCUGCAAACAGCAAGGCAUUUGCAGACACUGGAUCUAAACUUUGUUUUAACACCAAUACUAAAAUUAGCUUUCAGGAAAAUGGCAACUCUGAAAAUCUUAAAUGUGAGGGUCAGUCUGAGAGCAAGGCCAUGACCACUGCAGGCAUUGUAACUCCAGAUGCUUCUCCAGAUCGACUGGAUUCUGAAAGAUAUCAAGAAUCUUCCGAACGUUCUUCUAGUCCAUGCCACCAGAAAAGAGGCCGUACACAGAGAAAAUACAGAACACGGAUACCCAGCAGGUCUAGAUCCACAUCAAGCAGUUCUGGGUCAUCCGGAUCGCGCUCGCCACCUAGGAAAAGGUUCUCUUUACAAAGAUGUAGGUCUCGAAGCACCUCAAGAUCUCCUUCAAGAUAUUCAGCCCAUUCCCGAUCCUCAUCUCCUCGCAAGCGAAGAUACUCAUAUUCUAGCUCCAGCUCUGAUUCUUGGAGCCGCAGCCGUUCUCGGUCACGCUCUCGAUCACGUUCUCGAACCCCCUCGCGCAGGUCUCACCAAUGGGACACUCGUCACAGCCCUAAUCACAGAUAUAACUACAGCUAUGAUUUAAAACAUCAUAAUGAGGAAGUAAGAAGACAAAAGGAGAAGGCAAUUGAGGAGCGCAGAGUAGUUUAUAUUGGACGCAUUCAUGGAAGCAUGACCCGGAAGGAGCUGAAGGAGCGCUUCUCAUAUUUUGGGGAGAUUGAGGAAUGCACUGUACACUUUAGAGAGCAUGGAGAUAACUAUGGUUUUGUCACCUACUACAACAAAAAGAAUGCAUUUACUGCUAUUGAGAACGGAAGCAAGCUUCGACAGCCGAAUGAACUUCCGUUUGACCUGUGUUUUGGAGGCAGGAGACAGUUUUGUGGGGCUAGUUAUGCUGAUCUGGAUUCAAAUCGUGACUUCGAUCCAGCCCCUGUGAAAGGCAGGGUUAAUGCACUAGACUUUGACACUUUACUUAAGCAAGCUCAGAGAAACUUGAAAAGGUAACACUUAAGGAAAAGAGGAAGAUGGAAAUCGUGUCAUGUAUUACCUCAGUGCUAUGCACAGACCUUCCAAGUGCUGCCAUUUAGUUAGUCAUUCGUUUCUUAUUUGUUUUUGUUUUUUUCUUUCUGCAAGUUUACACCUUCUAUUGAAGUGAAGAUUUGUAUGAAAAAUUAAAAGAGAAAAAAAAACUGAAUAACAUAAAACUAUGUAAUGAAAAGUCAUGAUUUUAAACAAAAAAUGAAUUUAUUUAAAUGCUUAAACAAAAAAUGUUGGAUGUAUUUUAUGAAUUAAGUUGAACAGGGAAAAUGCUGAGGGGAUGGAUUUACAACGCUGAAAAUGCAGCUCAGUCCAAAUAAACCCUACAAUAAACCAUACAAUACCUUG